AGGCAGGGCUGAGAGAGAGGCAGCGAGAGAGACAGCGGAAGCAGCCGUAAGAGAAUGAGCUGAGAUGGAGGAAGGCCAGACGCCAGCAAAGCCAGAGUGAGAGCGAAGGGGAUGAGGAAUGGGGUUCUGCCGGAAACUGCCAGCCGCGUGAAGGCAAGGGGACCUGAAAGCAAACCAGAAAAUCCUUCCACGUAGAAGAGUCUUCAGACAAUCCGUUUGGAGCAAGUUAAAAAAAAAACCAUGGAGCACGAAAUGGAUGUAAUAGAAAAAGAACAGACACCAAAGAGUGAUGCUUCAGAUGCAGGAACGGCAGGAAAACAGAGCCUCACUUCUCAUGUUGAAUUCAGCACUCUUCCAAGCCAGGGUCCUGUUCUGCGCUCAAAGCAACGAGUUCAGAAGCACGCACUUGUCCGUCCCUGGAAAUCGCUGCCCCCUACUCCUUCGGGAUUACUGGAAAAAGACCAGAAAGUCUUUUUCUCUUCUCUGACUUCGCUCCAGGCUGAAGAGUUUUUUGACAUGGUGGCCACAAUCCAGGCCCGGAGGCUCAAUGACCAGCGGGCUGAUUUUGCCGGGCCUGAAGCUGCGAGCGAAGAGAAUCCUGGGAUAUCGGAAGACCAACUCUAUGACACUAUUCUAGCUCACCAGAGCCAGCGUCUUGAGGAUCAGCGUACGGAGCCUCCUAUCCCGGUCGGAAUUCAAGGGCUGCUGGAUUUGCUGCUCUCAGCUCAAGGAACCCGGAUGGAAGACCAGCGCUCUGCACUCCCUCCGGGCCUCGCUGCCCCGCCCUUGCUAGGAAGACAGCCCUCCUUUCUCCAUGGAGUAUGAAACUCUGCCUUCCUUCACCAUUUGGGAGCUCAAAAAGAUUGUUUUGACGUGGUCAGAAGCUGGAACUGGGUUGACCUCAAAGUAUAGUUUGUGGAGACUGAGAAAUCAAACUUUGGUGUUGGAAAACUUUGUGCAGGAUAGGUACCACGCUUUGUGAGAAAAGGACUCCAGCAUAACCCAGCUUUGCAAAAGGGCUAAUUUUUACUGGCUAUGACAUGUAUGAGGUUCUUGAUGCUGUCUGAGCUUUGGUGUCUUUCUGGCAGACGUUUCAUUACCAGACUAGGUAACAUCAUCAGUGCUGGAAGGGAGCAGAGUUGACAGCUAUCCUUUCUAAUGCUCGAUGGAGACCCCUUCCAUCCUUCUCUGCCUCCUCCCUGCCAAAAGCCUAUAGUGGUAGUACAGGUACUCCGCGACUUAGAACCAUAACGGGGAUUGACAUUUCUGUCGCUAAGCGAAAUGGUCAUUAAGCGAGUCCUGCCUGAUUUUAUCUUUUUUUGCCAUAGUCACGAAGCAAAUCACACGGUCACUAAGCAAAUUUGGCUUUUUCCUCAUUGACUUUGCUAGCUGGAUGUCCCCUGGGAAGGUAAUCGUGUGACCCCAGGACUCUACAACUGUUGUAAUGGAAUGGCUUGCCUUUAGAUGUUGUGGGUGCUCCAUCACAGGAGGUUUUUAAGAAGAGAUUGGACAGACAUUUGUCCGGAAUAGUAAAAGGGGUUGGACUAGAAGACCUCCAAGGUCCCUUCCAAACAUACUACUAUGUAUUCUGUAAACAUGUUGGUUCCUAAGCACCCAAACUUUGACCACAUGACCCCAGAGAGGCUGCAAUGGUCAUAAGUCCUUUAUCAACUUUGGUCAUUAUCUAAAAUGAUUGCAAAUCAUUAGUACCUGUGUAUUUAGAGGGACAAUGAAAAGCCACAGCGGUGCCAUGGUUUUAACAGCUUAGCAGGGGUAGGCAACCUGGGCUCUUUUAUGACUCGUGGACUUCAACUCCCAGAAUUCCUGAGCCAGCAUGGCUCAGCUUGGAAACUCUCCCUUUCCCCUCAGCAUGGCUGGCUCAGGAAUUCUGGGAGUUGAAGUCCACGAGUCAUAAAAGAGCCAAGGUUGCCUAUCCCUGGUUUAGGGGCAGCGUGGAAAGGAACCUACUGCCCAUAAAGGGCGAGGGAAAAAUCUCUAUUUGCAAUAUACGGCAGUCUUACGAUGCUACAAGACUGUGGAUUUAAGCUUAGCAUGUUCAUCCCAAAAACACAAUGCACAAAAUCUCAGCUAACAUGCCCCUGCAGUGAAAGAGCUCUUAAGUUAAUUUUUUCUAAAUGAUUUGAUAUUUAGUGCAAUGUUUCUGAAGCUGGAGCACUCCAAUUGUCCCAUGCAAAGCCAUCCAAGGUAAGAGUUAAGAGAAAUAGUUCAACAGGUCUAGCAGCUUAGAACUUAUUUGAAAACAACAAAAUAACUGUAGCUGCUUUCAAUUUUUUUUUUUUUUUUUUGCAAAAAAAGAGACAGGUUGAUAGUCUUCUCAUUCUUAAAAUAUUAUGAAUCCUGUUUUAUUUAGGAACUUCAAGCGGGCUACGCUGGAUCCGGCCAUCAACCCAUGCAAACCAGCAUUCUGAGUCACGUAGUGGCCUAUUGACUGUGUUGAGGAAGCUCACAAGCCUAGAUUGGAGAGCCUUCUUCUCCUUUUUCUCCUUAGUCAUGGGACUUUUCAGACCUUGGGUCCCAUGGCAGUCUCUCACACAAUGUAUAGGUACGGAGUCCCUGCUGUGAGAUGGACAGCCAGAUAAAUUCUUUAAUAAUUAAACUAUAGGUACGUCCCAUUCCAAAUAUUGAACAAAACAAAAGAGCUGUCGAAAUUACAUACCGUAGUAUUCCUGUUUGGGGGGAAUACGGUGUUCAUGCACAACUUGGCUGCACAUAGGAAGUUUUAGAAUUUGUAAAAUUUGAAGGGGAGGCAUUAGAACGGGAUUGUGCAACCUCGCCAACUUUAAGAUGCGUGGACUUCAACUCCCAGAAUUCCGCAGCCAGCCUGGGUAGCUAGGAAUUCUGAGAGUUGAAGUCCACAAGUCAUAAAAGGGCCAAGUUUGAAGACCCCCUACUCUAAUUCAAUGCAAUGUAUUGCAUGCAAUUCAGUUUUUUGUUUGUAGCAAUGUUUCUCAACCUUGGCAACUUUAAAAUGUGUGGACUUAAAUUCCCAGCUGAAGUCCAGACAUCUUGAAGUCGCCAAGGUUGAGACAAUCUCUAUUAGAAUUAACAUGGGAGAUAUUAGGUAUAUCUCAGCACCUCCUAUGUUCCGAAAUCCUAUUCUACAGUCUGCCAAACUCCAACACCUUUGGAGUAUAAUUCCCCAAAUUCAGGCUGGUGUUGUCCCGAUUUAUCUGGAUCAGUGGUUCUCAACCUGUGGGUCGGGACCCCAUUUGGGGUCGAACGACCAUUUCACGGGGGUUGCCAAACAACGCAGUCCGCCAUUUUUUCCCCCUUUUCCUUAGCUGUGCUACUCCC